AUCAAAUCAAGUCUCAAAUUUUUCGACAAAAACACUCCAAAACAUCUAACCGGAAAAAGCAUUAGGAUGUAACUCGAGCCAACAAAAACCUGUAUUUCCGGUACCUACGUCAUCACGUGACCCUCACAGGAGGACAACGAAAAGCUCACACAACUUAUGCCGAACGCAACAGACGGGUACGUGGGAAGUUUACCUCUAUCAUGCUGGAAAAAACUUUGUGGGAGCGGUUCUUAGAUACGGUAGAGCCUCAUCUACCUGAACACCUUCACUGGAAUGAAAUAUGCGUAAGUUUCGAGCCAUUUUUACAUGCUAUUUAAUAAAGCGGGUAUUAACGUAUAGGCUGCUUCAUUUUGCAACGUAAAGCUUACCGGUACCGGUAAGUGAACUUGUGCCGCAGUCAAAGCGUUAUGCAAUCUUAUUCUUUUUCAUUCUCUUUCUAGUGGACAUUUGUUUAUUAUCUGGCUGAAGCAAGGCGCCAUAUUCAUCGAUGGUGCAGAGGAAUGGAAGCUUGGGAGGCAAGAUAAACUUUAUUUUUUUCGAACAUGUGAAAACUCAGUUUUACUGGGACUUAUAAAUAAGCUUACACCUGUGCAUGUGAGGUUAUUCUUUAAGAGAAAGUUGUUUCUAUUGAUUUGGUCACUGUAGCUUUCCUUUAAAGAAAAUUCUCUCGCCCAGUAAUCCAUGGUUUUAAGUUAUUUUAAGCUGUUAGGUUAUCGAGAAUUGUGACACAACGUCCAGGGUUUACGUAAAGGUCAUUCAGUGCCACACAAGAAUUGAACUUCCUAAGUGACAUUUGAACGUCAAUUUUCGGAGAAUGUUUCCCGGAACAUUUAGACUAUUUUGACUAGUUACCGUUAAAUUCUGAAAAUAAGCCCCUCCAAGUAUAAGCCCCCCAUUCCGGUAACAAAAAACCCUCCGUGUUAAAUCGCCCCUCCACAUAUUAGCCCCCCCCCCCGGGGGGUUGUACUUGGAAAAUUGCCCUCAAAUACAAAGUAAAACAAAGCAAGCACGGUAAAUUUCCUUCCAACUAUAAGGCUAGCCCAAUCAAUUUUGAAAUGCAAAUUUGCCUCUGUAGAUAAGCCCCUCCAAAUUUCCCUGCUAGCAGAGGUCUCUCAUGACGAGGCAAAAAUGAGAGAAAGGAGAGAGACCUCUGCCGGCUUCCGACGCGUUUCCUAUCACGCAUGCGCUGGCGUUUCCUUAACAACCAGUGACGUUUUUCUCAUGUGUGACACAACCCACAGAACCGGUUUGCGCGCGAAACUUCAGCUGAAGGCGGGGGUAUAUGUUGUGGAGAAUUCUUCGCAAUGUGAAACGAUGCCGAGAACUCCACAAUCUCGCAAAUUUGGGGAAAGCGCGUCACCUCAGGCGCCCAUUAAACCAGUUGGGUCUGGAAAAGACGUUAGAUGCCUUUUGUGUGGUUUAGAUUUUAAAGGUGAAAGGUGUUGACAGGCCAAACACGACUCAUAAGCUCGUGAUAGUGUGAUACUUGACCUUAUAGUUUUGCUCUAACGAGGAUAUCUCCCAGCCAUUUUGCUCUUUUAUAUGAAAUGAUCGGAGGCUCGUUGUAUAUUUCUCUCAGUAGUGGUUGAUAAGUGCCAUUUGCUCAUUAAAAUGUUUUUAAGGUUCGGCAAAGCAGGGUGGUAUGUGGUAACGAAAGGCAGAAUUUUCUUUCGCACUUCAUUGUUCUUUUGUAAAGCUGACUUCCGUUCGGUAAAUUUAACCUCAGAGGUGAGUUUUUGUAUGAGAUUGUGAGGGUAACCUCUAGCGCGAAGGCGUUUUUUGAAGUUGUAGAUGUUCUCAUAGAAGGAUUUAGCUGAGGAGUUCAAAGGAGAGACAACUAAAACCACUGGUUCCGCAGAGAAGAGAUCCUUGUAAUUGUAAACAACAGAUAACUCGGCCACCACUUGUACUGCUAGUUGGUAAAUUAAAAAUUUGCCGUAGCCCGUCAGGAGACACGCAAACGUAUCGCGUCCUUUAAGGACUUUUCUUUGUAGGGAAGUUAUUUCUUUUAUAUAUACGUUUGUCGCCAAGCUUAGAAACGGACGAUUUUAUGGCUUGAUCAAAGUGAGAAAUUUCGAAACUCGCGGAUUUCAUGAAAGACAUAAUUCACUGUGGGCUCAAUAAUUGUCAGCGUACAGUUUAACAAGGCACACGCAUUACAUAUUAAACGUAACCGGUUUUAAAAACCGGUAAGUUUCGACCAGAAAUCUGGUCGGCGGCUUCAUCAAACAACGCGUCGGAAGCCGGAAGAGCUCUCUCUCCUUUCUCUCAUUUUUGCCUCGUCAUGAGAGAUCUCUGCUAGCAGGGAACUCCAAAUAUAAGCUCCUCCAAAAAUAAGCCCCUCAAAAAGGGUCUUUGAAAAAUAUAAGCCCCGGGCCUUAUUUUCGGAAUUUUACAGUAUUCCCAAUGUAUUCCAUCACAUAGCAUACAGUAUGGUGAUACGGUGGAAUACAUUUCGUUCCUAAUCAGAUUACAGUCGACUCCAGCUAACUCGAAUCUUCAAGGGAAAUUGAAAAAAGGUUCGAGUUAUCGGGAGUUCAAAGAAAAUAGCUGAGAAUAGGGAAAAAAACAGUUUUUACUGCACAUUGAACGUCUUAAUCACAUCUAAUUGUAGAAAUGUCAAGUGAAAAUUAAAAGAUACUUCUAGAUUAUAAUUCAGAACGUAACGUAACAAAACAUAGCCUAAAUAGAGCAUGCGUUUUACUGUUUUGAGAAGAAAAGCUGCGUUAUGUUAGCCUGUGACAAUCAACAUCAGCCUCCACUAGUAAACUAUACUCCUACAACACGUCAAUAGGAAAUCCAAAAUUCAAUGUUUCAGACACCAGUAGCUAGACGGCUUUUUUCCCGACUUUUUAAGGGCUCAAAACAAGGCUCGAGUUAUCAAGGGUAAAAUUAUAUAGACAAUUACCUGAGGGGAGACGAAAAUUGGUUUGAGUUAGCGGGAGUUCGAGUUAUCAAGAGUUUGAGUUACCCAGGGUAAAAUUACAGUGAAUGUAUGACAGUAAUCCAGGGGAAAUCGAUUUGGGUUUUCAAGUUAGCGCGAGGUUCGAUUUAGCGAGGGUUCGAGUUAUCAGGAGUCGACUGUAUUUUCAAGUUGCAACUUGUGGAGCGCAACAACUUAACAACAGCUAUUAUGUAAGUUACAGUAGUGUUCUGACUCAUUCAACUUCUUCUAACUCUAUAUUGAAUGGGAUAUCAAAAAAUAGCUAGAUAUUAAGAUGGAAUCCAUCAUGAAAUUGAGUAAUUUUAAUUUUCAGUGGACAAAAACCUUGUAUCAGAAUAAUUUUAAGAACCAUUGUCUCAGAAAUACAUUUAAUAUAUUUCUAAGAAAAUGGUAAUUGUGGAAAGACUGUGGAUUCCUUGUUAAGCAGCCACCUUCCGUAAGUGACUGCUAUUGUUGGCAUUUUGAUAAGUCAUUCACGGGAGAUUUAACUGGUUUUUUAUUUUUUCAGCUCACUCAAAAUAAACCAGCAGCUGGCAAUUUUGCUACUUUCAGGGGAUAAUUGGCUGCAUACUCACCACUCAAUUUUGAAAAAUAAUAUUAAGUAAAAACUACUUGGGAUGAAUCCUUUGGUGCUUUAUACUCUUGUUAACCUUCUUUCUUCUGCAAAAUAUUUUGACUGGGCUGUAUUUGAUUAAUAUUAUUUAUCUAUUUAUGUUGCAGAUUGUUGUAAACACAGUCACCUACUGUUUUUGCGUCUGGCUUAUGACAGAAGUUCUUCGAUGGGUGAUUGGCUGGGCCUUCUUCCGAGAAAAAAGUAAGAUUUAAGGUGCAUUUUCAGUUUCAUAAUAAGUACAAUAAUAAUAUUAAAAUUUUAAUUUAAAGUUAAUAAAUACCUAGUGCCAAAUUGUAACAAUAACCAUACAUGUAUAAAGUCAACUCUCGCCUUGCAGACACCCCACGAUAACAGACAUCCCAGUAAUAUGGACAGCAACUAAAUCCCGGGCAAAAAUAAAUUACAGACAUAAUAAACUCCUGCUGUUACGGACUCUCACUAAUGAGGACACCAAAAUAAAGGACCCUAGUACAAAACGUAUCAUGUUGGCUCCCUCGCGCCUGGGGUUCCCUGAGGCUGUCUAUCACUCCUUCAAAAUCUAGCUGCAUUGCAAGUUAAGGCCCUUUGCAACCCAGUUAAAAUGAGAGGCUGAAGAUCAAGGGUAUGGCUUAUUGACAUGACAUUAAAAGAUGAAACCCUGAAAGGCAAAAAAGGCACUCAUGGUUAUCUGUGUCAAGGGGAAAACCACUCGUUAUUCAUUCAUUAUCCAUUCAUUAUCAAUUCAAAUGCUUUCAAAAAACCAUUCAAAGUGUUUGACUGCCUGUUGAAGAGGUUGAAUAUUUGUCCACAAUAUGUUGGCACGCCCUAACUUUGUUGAUGAGAAUUGAAGAGUGUGCUUUUUGAGGGAUAAAAAAAAUAAUUUCUACAUAUGCAUGAGGAAAUUUUUAGAGCAUAAGAUGAAAUGUUUGCUCUGUAGUCCAAACAAAUAAUAAUUAUCUCCUUGAUUUCUUUGGACUCCCAUUACAAAUCAAUCUUUCCAUACCAUUUACUCAUUUACUGAUUCUAAUCCAUUAGAAAUGAGUGUUUAAUACUAUUUUAUCCUUAAAGUGUAAUGAAAAUGAUCAACGCUGCAAUUUGCAAUUUUAGGUGUCACAGAAAGAGUGAAGAAAGGGUUUUUUAAGUUAGUGAGAAGAUUACCAUACUUGAAAGACAGGGUAAGAGAUAUCUAUAUCUGUCCUCCCAUCCACAAAAAUUACGUAUACAUUGCGUUACAUUUUGUACAUACAUGUAUCAACAACAUGUUUGUUGUAUCAAACCGUGCUUCAAUGAUUGCUGACUGAUACUAGAGCUCUCAAUGUAUUUACCUCUACCCUGAAUGGAUAUUUGCUGUCCAGCCAAUUUUAUUGAAGGUUGCCAGUAUCCCCCCUGAUGUUAAGUCAGAUUUUUCUUGAUCCAAUGGUAAUGAUGUACAGCAGUGCCCUUUGUCUUUAACUGUCAACAGAUAGCGAGUGAAAUUCAGCAGUCAGUGGAUGCAAUGGAGAGGACAGCCUUUCCAGUGAGAGAAGGAGAAACUUUUCACAUGAGGGUAGGUUACAUGUAGAUAGUGAAUAGUAAGGUCUGAUGGUCAUGUGCAGUGCAUUAAAUCACUUACACUGUAAAUUGAAACUAUAAAAUUGUGGUUGUGGUUGGAGGUGGAAGCUGUUGACAAGGUUAAGUGUACAGCUGUAUUUGUAAAGAAAGUAAGCUUUCAUUGCAUCAAACCUCUGUUAGAAAGCUUACACUGUGCAUCUGUGUUUAAUGGUCACAAGUCUGGUGUAGACUACUGAGGUCUGAGAAUUGCCUAGAACAUUUUGAGUAUGAUUAGGAGGCUGUUAAUUGCUGAUUUUUACUAGAAUGAAGUGCAAGAGAGCAAGAGCAAGAUUCAGUUGAUAACAAUACUUAAGACUUUUCUUGCCUGUUGAGCAACUUGUGAUAGAAAAUACCAGCAACCCCUGCUAUUACCAUCCAAUAGUUCACUUGUUAAAAAGUGGUCACCUACACAGUAUGUAUUUAACUGACCUACAAGUAUCACUGUUGCCAUGUAAAUACAUCAGGUGGGUAGGGAAUCAAACAGUUAGGAAUUUCUUUUGGUUGAUAUUUAUUUAUUUAUUUUUCUCACUUUGAAUAAAUGUUUUCUCUGCUUUUUUUUCUAGCUGCCAACGAAAGGAAUGAAAGAGGUGACUAAAAGGAAUUUUCUAUUUUUCAUGUUUGCACGGUUAUAAGUGCUCAUUAAUUUGAGGAACACAAAAAGUAUUUGUUUGUUUUGUUCAUGAAAAUAAAAAAACAGUUUUCCUUCGCAGUAGCCAGAAACUGAUACCAUUAAGGUGCAGCCAUCAUCAGCAAUUUCAAUUUUCUUUCUUUCUCAACUCCAAACCAUCAAUGAAAAGAUGUACUACUACAUAGCUGUUUAUCACUCUAGCACAAUAUUUUAUUCUAUAUUUUUAUUGUACUUUUAUUUUACUAUCUAUAGAAAGAACUCCUGAAAGAAGUUGAUGAUUACUUGAAAAUGGGUAUGUUGGCCCUGUAUCAUUCGUAAUCUAUAUUUCAGGAUAUGCUGUUGAAGUUUUAAGUACAAGAAGUACAGACUCUGAAUUGGAUAGUGUGUGCAAUGAGGUAGCACAUGGUUGGAAAGUGAUGGAGGAAGAAAACUGUGGUUGAAAAGCAAAAUUCAGACGUGCGUUUUCAUGCUUGUAAAAUCUGAAUUCUGCAAGAACAUGGGUUACUCAUUUGCUGUCUUGACUACCACUGACUUUUGGGUGCAAACUUGCUGGCAUCUAUCGAGUUUCCUUAAAGUCCUUACAGAGGAGAAAAAAAUUACACAUCCAAUUUACACAUUAUUAUUAGGUUUCUGCUGUUCAGUAUAAUAUUGAUAUAUCAUUGAUUCUCAGGUAAUGUAAAGUGGCAGGAAGGUCGGGUUUCUGGAACAGUUUAUUGUGGAAGUAAAGAACUCACUGAUUUGCUUACUAAGGUAUUUUUUGGACUUAAAGUGGAGUGGUAUUUUACUGGUAAAAUGCUUUCCAAUUUGUUUUAGUGGUCAACACCAUUUGAAAAUGCCAAGAGUUUAUGAUUUAUAGCAAUCAUCCAAUCAAAAGUGCUUUAAUGUGUAGUGACUUUAUUGAACUCAUGUAUAAUUUACAAUAUUAUAUGAUAAUAUUAAAAUACAUAACAUGGUACACAAGAAGGCUGCCACAUCAUGGAAAAUGCUCUUACUUUAAAUUCACAUUGGUAAUAAAAUAUCCCCUCCCCCCCCCCAAAAAAAAACAGACAGAAUUUGUUUUAAUACUAUUUACGUCUGUGUACUGUGAUCAGAAUUUUUGUGUGUGUUUGUGUUGUAGGUAUAUGCAAAGUUUGCUUGGUCCAAUCCUCUUCACGUUGAUAUCUUCCCAGAUGGUGAGUAGUACAUUGUAUUUUUUCCCUUCUAUUAGAUAAUGAUUUGCUGCUAAAGAAAGAAAAGCUAUAUAAUUAUUAUAUACAUUCUCAUUGCCACCUAUCAUGUCAAGGCUGGCUAAUUAAUGUAGUAAUUUAUUUUCAACUGAUCAUCAAUUUAUUGUUACUUUUAUUCCAAACAGUACGGAAGAUGGAAGCCGAAGUUGUCCAGAUGUGUGUUAAUAUGUUCAAGGGAGGAAAGGAAGCUUGUGGAACGGUAAACACACUAAUGACUGCCAUUAGAGAGCCUAUGGAUAUGGCACUAUAGAAAUCCUUAUUAUUAUUAAUAUUAUUAUUACUUUUCAUACAUUUGCAACACAAAUGUGAGAGCAGUAUGUCAUAGUUAAUGGCUUGGGUAGAAGUGUACGAUGGUCAGAGGAGCUUAGCUUUCGAGCUAACCACUGCUUUUUCUCUCCAAUUUUUUUUUGAGUCCGCUUUUUCUCUUCAAUUUAGAUUAGAUAUUUCAUUUUUCAGUAGACCAAUGCAUUACUUGCACUGUAAGUAUCUCCAGUUCAUUGGUAAGUUUUUUUUCAUGGAAAGAUUUACAAUACAUUAGCAGCACAAAAAAUUUUAAAUAAAAAUGCAAAGAUCAUUGUUUUAAACUUUCUUAUUUCCUAACCUCUUAGUUCAGCUUGGAUGAUUUACUCUAAAUUCUCCUGAUAAUCAAGAUUGGGAUUAAAAAAGGUGUUAUUUAAAAUUUAACUUGAGUCCACUUUUUCUCUUCAAUUUAGAUUAGAUAUUUCAUUUUUCAGUAGACUAAUGCAUUACUUGCACUGUAAUUGUUUUAUUAUUCAUUCAAAAUAAUGGUAAGUUUUUUCAUGGUAAGCUUACCUCCAUUUGAUGUUAAAUUUAUCAAUGGCCAUUAGGUUUGUCCAUUCAAAAAAUUCUAAAUAUCAAAAUGCAAAUUAUCUUCUUGCUGUUUUGGUUUUUCUUACUGUUUUACAUAAUUAUUAUCUAUAUCAGUGAAAGUUGCCAUUUUUCAAGUUCACAAACAAAAAGUUCAACCUUGUCCCCAGGUCUUCUCGGUUAACAGUGAUAACCUCGAAAAUCUAUUUUUUCUCGUUAAACACAAAAUUCUUCCAAAUUUGGUCAUCAGUAACUUUAAUCAAUUAAACAUAGGGGAAAAUAUUUUGAAUGAAUAAUAAUUAAUGUGGCUGUGUUACAUGACUAAAUGGUGAUAAUCUCUGCACACUUUAGAUGACCUCUGGAGGUACAGAGAGUCUUUUGUUGGCUUGCAAGUCUUACCGUGACUGGGCCUAUGAUCGUGGAAUUAAAAGACCUGAGAUGUGAGUCCCAGUUUUGCUGUAAGACAAUCAAAAAACUAAAUAAUUUGAACUUGAUGCCUUGCAUCGCCUCCAGUGAGAUAGCAGCUUUACUGACUCUGAAGCAAACUGAAAUGUACAUGCUUAUAUUAUAAGAAGCUUCAUGUUGCUGUCUUCGCAACUAUUGUUUUCAGUGGUCAAUGAACAAUGUCUGACCAAGGUGACCAUUUGUACAGACAAACUUUUAGUUGGCCAUUCAUUUUGACUGGUCAAGUGCAUGACUUUUAAAUGAAUAACUGGAAAAAAAAUAAUGCACAUUAAUUCUGUAAACCAAAAAAACAGUUAAAUCAUAAAAUAUUUAGCGAUUUUGCAGAUAUAAAUUCGGAGCUGGCUUUGUGAAUGCCAAUUAACAGUCAGAAAAUAGCCAUGACCAAGUCUUGUAGCCAGAUCUCUUGUCGAUGAAUGACCAAGCAAAACCUUGUCUGGCUAGUCAAGAUGCCCGACCACUGUCCAAGAAUUAUUUUUAGCCCUGAAACUAUAAGCUGUCAGUGGGUGAAGCAGCUUCUGAGUUCAAACAUGAGUAAUUUUCAAAUGUACAUGUAUUUGGCUCUCCCCUUUCCUUUUUAUUCAUUCUUCUGCUACUACUAUGACACAAUAGACCCAUUUGGCUAACUCGUUGUAUUGUAUUUACAUUAUAAUGUUGCAUUCACAUUUAAAUGAUAUGGAAAUUCCUGCAACAAAACGUUUUAUUCCCAAAGGGUUUGAAUUGGAUACAACAUUGAGUUAGCUAAAUAGGUCUAUUCCUGUAAAAAUAUUUGAAUCUUAUUGUUUUCUUCUUUUUUUCAGUGUGGCACCAGUUAGUGUGCAUGCAGCUUUUGAUAAGGUAUUUCAAUAUGUUCAUCACAGCCCUCUUUAGUUAUUUACCGUAUUUCUGUUUUUGUUUUGUAGGAUGGGGGUGUUUUGUUACGCAAUUAAUGGCCCCUUUUCCCCUGGCAAUUUUGUAUUGUCAUUGUUACAUAGAGCUAUAAUUCCUGAAUUAACUGUCAGUGUCAAAGGUUCGCCAGGGUGCAAAGAAAGUCGGUUUUGGAGCCUGCCAUUCAGGCAAGCUGCAAGUAGCAUGUACUAGCCCAGAAGUCAUUUCAACUAGCCUCAAAACCCUUUUUGAUUAGCAGGAUUGAUUACAAUCCUUCUGUAAUUUGAUUUUCCCCAAAAAACAGCACUUGCCCAUCAGGCAAGUUAAGAACAAAAAUCACUAGCCCGAAGCAAAAUCCACUAGCCCCGGGCUAUCGGGCACGACUUUCUUUGCACACUGUUUGCUGUGUAAUCUAAGCACCUCCCAUUCGAUUUAUGGUGUUUCAGAGUUUUUUUCUCUACUUGGUAUCUAGGCAGCACAUUAUUUCAACAUGAAAUUAGUCCACGUUCCUGUUGAUGAGAAAACAAGAAGAUGCAAUAUGAAGGUAAUUAUACCAUUAUUAAGGAAGUAAGUUUGAAAUGUAACGAUCAACUAAAAUGUCAUCAUGGCCAUCCUUAAAUUUUUGCUUUUCUAUUUAGGCAAUGAAGAAGGCUAUUACAAAGAACACAAUUCUAGUAAGUUAUAGUAAUUUGGACUGUUUUCCCCAUCCAUGUAUAUAAAAUUAAUGAUAAAAUGUCAAAUGAAAAGGAUAGAUCUGAAGUUAAUGGAGUACAAAUAAUGACAUAUAGUUUAGUUAAAAUUGAAUUUUUGUUGGAUUUGUAGAUUUAAUGGAAAUUGGUAUUGAAAUGUCAACUAAAUUAACUUGGAAUGUCCAUUUAUGUACCAGUUAGGUUACAUACAAUCAACCAUGUGGGUGUUUAUUAACAACAACUUAACUUGCCUUUUGAAAGUCAGUUUUUGAAACUAAAGGGACGAAAGUGAGCUUAAAAAAUGUGGUAGCCUCAUAAGUUUGAAUCAUAUUAUUAGAGUGCUUUUGAUUUGAGGACGAGUACAAGAUUUUUAAAACUUAAAGUUUUUGCAUGUUCUGAAAAAAAUACACUGCAGAAAGCUUCUUUUUAUUUAUUUAUUUUUUUCAGCAAAAAAAGUUAGUACAGUUCUUUAUACUGACAGGUUAAGCUCUCUCCCGAUAGCAAAAUAAUAAAACUUCUGACAUUUUUAUUUUGAUAACUUAUUCCUGCCACUACCACAUUCUCACUAAAUCUGGCUGAAGAAUGACAAUGGCUAUGACUUUUCCCCGCCAAAAUGAUGCUGGUUUACGCAUGAGCAAAACUCAGUAUCAAGAAAAUCUUGUACUCAUAGUUGUCCUUGUCUCAGAAUUGAGCUCUGUUUAUUCAAGACUGUCAUUAAGGGCUCAGGUCCCUGGCUUCUAUGAACAUCAUCCCUGGUUACUUUCAUUAGAAAAUGGAGGGAAAAUUCCAUAGAAAUCAAUAGCUGUAUGAUUUCCCACCCACUCUAUGUAUUUUCCCUGUAACUUAAAAUCUCAGUAGCAGCCCUGCUUAUUGUUUUUUCUUAUUUUUUCAGCUUGUUGGAUCUGCACCACAGUUUCCCCAUGGUGUUAUGGACCCCAUUGUAGAAAUGGCUAAGCUUGCUAAGAAAUACAACCUGGGACUCCAUGUAGAUUCCUGCUUGGGUGGAUUUUUGGUUCCCUUUAUGAAGAAAGCUGGGUAAACUAUUAGAUCUUCAAGUUUGGUGUUUGUCAUGUCCCUUAGACUCUUAUUACUUACUGUUCUUUUAUUAGUUUUGUAUUUGGUUUCUUUUGCGAGUGGCAGGCAAAGUUAUGCACUGAAGGUCACUUUCAACAUAGCUCUGUGUACUUUUCUCCCUUGUUACACACUUGGUUUCAAAUUUGAAUUAACUGUGUGCUGCUCUCCUCUAUUAUAGGUUUGAUCUUCCCCCAUUUGAUUUUUCAGUGGAAGGUGUUACCAGUAUAUCAUGUGAUACUCAUAAGGUACAGUUCUUCGAGAGAUGCUAGUCUACAGAUAUUAGUCAUUUCCUUUUGUGACAAUCUGAUUAUCAUUGCCAUUAUGUGUAUGUCAUGGUACUAAGGAGGAGUUAAUAUGGGAAAACUUGCACCAGAGCGAGUUUCACACCGAGAUGACUUCUUGAUUUUGUAUGGCAUUUACAUGUUUGCAUGUUUUUUCAUUGUCCCAUGACCAGCAUGAUGAUGCCAUCCUAAAUUGCCAAAUUAUGCUUGCGCUACCCGUGCCAGUCUACCAGCAGACCAAUUUCACACUGAAACAAGUGGUCGUUUCGCAUUAACAUGAUACCGUUGCAAAAUUUUGUACCUGAGUGAAAUUCUCUCUAUGGUUCUACACCCGAGGUGAUCUCAUGACGGUGUGACAUGACAUUUUGUGGUGGUAUCAUGUAAACAAAUACCGAGCCAUGAGAGGGAACCGGAGUGAACUCAGCCUGGCGCAAAAGUUGCCUGGGUGUCAUGUAAACACCCGCUAAGCUUCUAGUACAUGCACUUCUUACUGGUAACUUUUCUGACUUUGUUGACAUUUUUUUGAAACCAUCAAGUUUUCUUCAAAAUGGACCAAAACAUGAUUCAGCAUAAUUAUUCACUGUUAUACAAAUAACGGGAAAAAAUCUGAUUAGCUGCGUGGCACUUUAGAAAGUAAGUAGGGUAAUGUUCAGCAAAAAAUAAUGAACUAAAGUGCCAUCUUGUGGUGUGAGUUCCUCUCCAAACGUUUCAGGCCUGGCCCUUCAUCAGUGGAGUUACAAGUAUGUAACUCAAACCACAAGAUGGCACUUUUGUUCAUUGUUUUUUGCUGAACAUUCCCUUACUUACUAUUCAUAAUUACGGUUGCAAAUGUUUCCUUUUCACUUUUACAUGAUUGUAUAAUUUAGCAUCCCUGAUAAACUACAUGUGUAGCUGGAGUGGUUGAGGGUGAAUAUUUAGACAAUCUUACUUUUCUUCAGUAUGGAUUUUCACCAAAAGGAUCGUCAGUUAUAUUGUACAGUAACAAGCACCUUAGGCAUUUUCAGGUAAGUAUUCUAAACCUUCAGCCCUGGCAGUGUUUCAAGCUAGUCAAGCUGUUUUCUGGUCACUGUCUGUCUUGUUUAAAAUGCCGCUUAUAAGUUGAGCACUUCCCUGCUUUUCUGUACUAUAAGAAAAUUGGCUUUCAAUGUUCAUGGGAUGCCGUCUUGAUAGUCAAUUUUUUCCUCGGACAUAUAUGUAACAGUUCUGGUUUCAUUUAAGUAGACAAAUGUUGACCUUGUGUCAACUUGAGAUUAAAUGAGUUUUGCCUUCUAAGUUCCUCCUGACCAUUUCUUUAAAUUCACCUUUAGGCAUGAACCAGUGUAUUUUUUUUUAAUUGAGGUUCAAAGUGAAGAUUGUCCUUUAAAAAACAUUAGAAAAAAUAUGAAUGAGUCUCUGGAUAGCAAUGACUGUUACAAGAAAGUUAUAAGGUACAUAAAUACAUUUUUUUUUCCAGUUCUUUGUAGCACCCGACUGGCAGGGUGGAAUCUAUGCCUGUCCUACGAUACCUGGCAGUAGACCUGGUGCAAUCAUCGCUGCAACAUGGGCAGCAAUGAUGCACUUUGGAGAAUCAGGUAUAAACUAAAUAACUCUUUUAAAGCUACAUGUCAUGAUGUCAUAAGUUUUGUGUAAGUGACAGCAUCAAAGAUACUCAUUAUCUUUUUAAUCACCUUAAUGUUACAGGUUUUGUUUACCUGAUUCUACUCAUCGUGCAGGGCCCAGUCUGGUGUGAAACUAAUGCAAAACCAAUUGCCUUUCUUGUUACCUUCUUUCCAAUUUAGGUUAUGUUGAAAGUACAAGAAAAAUUAUUACAACUAGAAUGAAAAUUGAGGAAGGGUAAGUGAGCUUUAAGUGGCUCUUUUAUGUAAAAAUUCCUUCGUAGACAAAACUAUUAGUUCCUUGCAUAGAUAAUAACAUUUGACAGCCUUAAUCCUGAUCAUCCCCAGACACUCUCUUACAGUUUAUUAUUAAACAUGCAUUGUGACUUCUAAACUAUUGAACCUAUUUAGAUUUUGAAUUGAGCUCCUUUCUGUAACCCUUAUGAAGCUCAGUUAGGAAGAGUCUUAGUGUUUAAGGUGGAGAAGUCUUCUGCAGUUGACUUCCUAGUUCAUACACGUUUUAUUGAGGAAAUGUGGUAUGAAUUCCUUUUCACUAUAUUUUUCACUGCCGCUCACUUUCACCUUGGUGGCCUCUAGUAUUUCUCGUUUUCUCACCGCCGAUAUAAAAUUUUCAUGUUUUCCCUCCGUCGGAAUUAGUCUCCUAUGUUUUUACCUCUCGCUCUAGCACUUUCUCUGUUUUCCACGUCAGUUUAGACAUUAAAAUUUAGUCGAAAAAAAAGACAUGGCUUUGUUGUUGUUUUUACUCUCAAAAAGUCCGGAUGGCCAUGCAAUUUACCUCCAAAACGCGCGGAUGCUUGAAAUGCGAAAUUCCACCUCGGCUCACAUGAACGUGGGGACGUACAGACGAUUUUCUCAGAACCAAAAUUUCUUGGAUGCACACGUAUCCAUGGUGCUCCGCUACGCGCGAGAGCUCCGCUAUUAGUUAAGCAGCAGACAUAUGGGACAUCCCAGCGGAGGGGGGGCGGGAGGGGGGUUAGUACUGUCAUAAGUAAAGGCACUGAAUAAUGACUUCAGCUCGUAAGUGACUUAAACAGCAAUAUCCUGGUGAUAUAGCCCCUUUAUUCAUCUUCCCUCAGCGACAAAUUGGUUACCGCCUAUUUUGCAUAAGUACAUAUAUGUCCUUACUUCAGCUGUUCCUUGAGUGCAGCAAUACUUUCAUAAUUGUAUAACUAACUGUUAGAGAUAACCAGGCAAUUUUCCUUGAUACCAGCAUUUAUAUAUAACUGUUGUUGUCUCUCUUACUUUGCUGUAGCCUACGAAAAAUCAAAGGAAUAUACGUACUUGGCAAACCUGAAGUAAGCGUGGUAGCGUUUGCAUCAAAUGACUUUGAUAUUUAUCAGCUUGGAGAUGCUCUAACGAAACGAGGUUGGAACCUCAAUUCGCUUCAGUUUCCUUCAAGGUUUGUGUUUCUUGUUUCUUCAUGGCAGAAAAUGUAGCUAAAUGUAAUUUAGGCAAAGUUAACCUCGAAGCAAUGCUGGUCAGCAGUUUUUCCAGUUAUGCUGGGGGCUGGCUCAAUGCCUCUAGCAGGGGCUCCUCGUGACUUGUAUACGCAGUUGCUUGCUUGCAGCUCUUCGUAAAGCGUUAUCGCAAUAGCUUGUUGCUUGCUUGCCUUCUUAUUGACAUGUUAUGACCAUGUUUGCAAGUAGACCUGGCUUAUCCAUACGAAUAUGAAGAAAACUUCAGUUUCAGACGAGAUGACUUUUGAGCGUUGAACAGAAUGAAUGCCCGGUUAACGCCCAUUCACUGCAAACUGUUAUGCUGUAUAGUUAAUAUUAAACUCCUGACUACAUUUGCCUCUAGACGUUAAUGAAACCUUAUAGAUCAGGCCCUAGUUGUUGAGAAGGUGGAAAACACCAUCCACAGGGUAAAUCUCCAUUCAGUGGAUAACACAAAUUGGUUUUCCUAAUACUUGUCCAGUGGAUAGUGAUUUAUCCGGUGGAUAGCGCUAUCCAACGUUUGAACAAACCGGGGCCAGAAUAAAAAGAAAAAAAAUGUCGCUCUAUAAUACCAAGCAACACGUAGGGAACAAUAAUUGUGACCUGACCAUUUCCACCACACUGACUUGAGUUUGAACCUUAAGUUAAUACUCAUGGAUGUUCCUCUCUGUGAACUGGUUGCUUCUUUAUUCAUUCUCUUGAACAUAUCUUACAGUUGAAGUUGGUUUGAUUCCUUUUUUGCAGCAUCCAUUUUUGUGUCACUUACCUUAACACUCAAGCUGGUGUGGCCGAGUUAUUUCUUAAGGAUGUGAAAGAGUGCUGCGCUAAACUCCUCAAUGACCCUCAGGCAAAGACCGAAGGCAUGGUAUGUUGUUAGGUUAAUUUAUAACAGGUUGAAAAUUGUACACCAAACACAGUCUCUUUGGACGAGUUUCUUUUGUUGUUUGUUUGUUUGUGUGUUUUGCACGGGUUAAAGCACUGACUACACGAACAGGACCCCUGUAAAUUGGCAUAAUGUAGUCAACUAUCUCUUAACGAACACUUCUAUUAAAUGCGUUAAAGUGUCGUUAAGUUGGGUGCAUACGUACGGCGAUCACUUUGUUCGUUUAGUUCAUUUAACGAUUAAGGUUUGUUGUCCCUUGUUAUAGGCUGCAAUCUAUGGAAUGGCUCAAGGAAUUCCUGACAGGUCCAUAGUUACUGAACUGGCCUGCUGUUUCCUCGAUUGCAUGUACAACAUCGGCAAUACCCAGCCUCAAGCCAAUGGAGUCCACCAUAACUAAACAUUCAGGCUUUACGAUGAUGGCAUGUUCAAGUUAUUUCAUAAGGCGCUGUUGCGUUGUGGUCCGUAUAAUGGUUCAGAUUGUUUAGCUAUUGUCAGUGUCAGGGAUGCAAACAUGUAUGUGCUUGUAUGUCACUGUCACCCGGUGAGUACGACGUCACGCAAUACAACAGAGUCGCGGUCGGCAAGGUGACUAUACAGUAUUAUCCAGUUUCGUCAAAAGUCCUUGUCGUACGUGGGGAGAAGUGUUGCAAGCCUGAGUGUCAGACGUGCGUCAAUUUGUUGAGUCAAUCUCUUCACCGCAUGCAUGUUUACUAGAAGCUUUUUGCAUUAAACCUUAAUAUGGAAUAGUAGUAACGUUAAAUAGCCAGUGCAAAGGACUAUUUAUUCCCUUCAGACAGUGGCAAUUAUUUUACUUGGCUUCACACUAGAAGCUAAGUCUAUUUCAAGUAAGCACUUGACUCAAGUGCAGUUGGAAAUCUUAAGUUGCUCUGUAGAAAACAUGGCUUCACACUUGUCAGCAAAGUGUACUACUUGAAGUAUAAGCUGUCAAUUUCUCCGUUCAUUAGAAUCUUGUAACCGCUGCACGUGCACAUCGUGCACAUGGCUUCCCUUUCUUAUUGGUCAAGUGUGUUCUCAAGCGUGGUGUAGCCCAUACUUGGCGGCGAACUUCCGCUUCUUUGAACUACUAACGUUUCCAUGGUCACCAAGUAAAGUUUAAAUAGGUACGUUUUACCCCUUCACAGUCAAAGUAGGUUCCAAAUACACUUACAUUAUACUUGAAGCUCUAGUGUGAAGCCAACAAUUAAGAUUUUGCUUUGCUGUACGUUUGCACUAUAAUUUAUCGGAAAGUGGUACUCUUUACGUAACAAAGGACUAACAACUUUUUUUCAUUUUAAUCAUAACUAUAACAAAAUUUUCAAAUCUAUUUGGCUAUCAGCUGCCUUGAUUUAUGAUAGUUACAAGACUGAGUGGAGUCAAAUCCUUUCUUGGCUUAGUCCAAUUCGGUCUGUAAUCCCAAUUUGUGUUUACACUAUAACCAAAAAAUCCAGCCAAAUUAUUCAGAGAAUGAUUUAAAAAAUUGCAAUUUCAUUUACAUUGUAUUACAAACUGUACACCAAUCGAUGUUUUGUGUGGGCAGGUUAUCAAAGUAGCGGCAUUAUUGGCCGGAUCUAUUUUAUUAUUAUGUUUUUAUUUCAAAGGUGUCAGUACAAAUUUAUUAUGAACAUAACUCCUAAUUUUUUUUUAUCAAACGAAGUUCGGUUUGCUUCCAUGAAAUCCUGGGCGGGUUCCAGGCUAUUCCAUACGCUUGCGUUUGAACAAAACGUGGUUGCCAAACUGAUGAAAAAAGUUGAUUAAAAAUAUUAUGGAAAACCCCUCUCGGUUCAAAACUACUAACAGGUAUCUUGAGGCAAUUUUUUAAGUUUGAUUGAAUUAAUAUCGUUAAUGUGGGCUCUAACUCUCAUACAACAAAAUUUCGCUUUUACGGGAGGGCUGAAGAACCUCUAAACAAACACUGAAUGGGUGUUCUUUGCACCGCUUAUCGACUUUUAAUUUGUCUAGAGAUAAAUCUUACGAAUCCUUUCGUUUGCGAGAAUUCUCGUCUUUGAAUGUUUCGCAAAAUAAUAGCAAAUAUUCUAACACGACCGUAACAACGUAGUACACCUAAUAGUGCAAGCUAAAUGCCCUAGUACUCAGUGAAUUUUCUAAGUACUUGGGCAUUUCAGUUUAAUGCCCCAAUACUUCAGGAAUUUUUUCCUUGACUCAGUUUUUCAAACCUUGCUGAAUGCUCUAUAUAAUAGUUCAAGUUUUUGUUCCUAAAGAGAAAAAUGCA